GUUCCCCUGAGCCGUCCCCGCUUUUUUUGGCAGCCCCCGUCCCGCUUUCUCACCGCCUCCCCCCUGCCUCCUCCUCCUCCUCCUCCUUAUAUAUUCAUGAAGCCGAAGGGCUGAAAUAAAAGCGGCAGCACAGGAAGAGGAACUCGGUGCGCCCGGCUCCGGGACGGACCCUGCUCCGCAUCUCCGCCCGUGCCGGGAGCCAGCAGGAGCGGAGCUGGCAGCCAGUGAGUCACUCCCGCCACCGGAUGGCACAACAGCUCCGCAUCCCAUCGCCCAGGUGCCACCUCCUGACCUCCGCUAACGCUUCAGUCUUUGCUCCCUGUCAGGGUGUGGCCGGAAGAUGAAACCCCCACCCGGGCAAGGCGUAAUACUGGCACCCCUCCUCCUGGGUCUGGCUUCCCUGUGCCUCCCCAGCCUGCCCUGGAAGGACAGGGACUCCCUGAUGCAGGUGGAGAAAGCCUGUCAGACCGGGGGCAACUUGGUGCUGAGCGGGCAGGAGCAGCAGCUCAGCACGAAGCUCGUAAACCUCAAGAAGAAGGAAGUGGAGACGGCCGUGGCUACAGGGCAGUUUCCCCCAAGCAUGCACUUCUUCCGGGCAAAAAGCCUCAUCGAUCAGAGCGCGGUGUUCAGCGUCCUGAAGCGCAUGCCGAAAGGCGCUGUGCUCCACCUGCACGACUUGGCCAUGCUGAGCGUGGGCUGGCUGGUGUACAAUGCCUCCUACCUGCCCGACUGCUACAUCUGCUUCACCGCCACGGGCUCCGUCCGCUUCCGCUUCUCCCGGCCUCGCCCUGCCCGCCUGCCCGCCCAGUGCUCCCAGUGGCUCCUGCUGGGCACCUACCGGGGACAGCUGAGCGACGUGGCUGCCUUCGACAGAGGCUUGCUGAGAAACCUGACCCUGGUGACAGACGCCCCUGAGCUGGCCUACCCCACUCAGUCUUCCAUUUGGGAAAGAUUUGAAGAAAUCUUCCUCAUUGCCUCUGGACUUAUCUGCUACGCACCUGUGUUCAAGGCCUAUUUCUACCAGGGGCUGCUGGAGCUCUAUGAAGAUAACAUACAGUACGUUGAGAUAAGAGCUAUCCUGCCUGCGGUGUACGAACUGGACGGCACCCGGCACGACAAAUCCUGGUCGGUGGCAACCUACCGGGAGGUGACCAGGCAGUUCGUGAAGGAGCACCCAGACUUUGUGGGAGCCAAGAUCAUCUUCGCUGCGCACAGGAUGCUGAAUGUUUCCCAGAUUAAAGAAGCCAUCGUCACUGCCAUGGCACUCAGAGCUCGCUUCCCAGACACCCUGGCAGGCUUCGACCUGGUUGGUGAUGAGGACGAAGGUCACUCUUUAUGGGACCUGAAGGAUGCUCUGACCAUCCCAUAUUCCAUGGGGGUCAACUUGCCCUACUUCUUCCAUGCUGGGGAGACUGACUGGCAGGGCACCUCUGUAGACAACAACGUGCUGGAUGCAUUGCUGCUGAACACCAGCAGGAUCGGCCAUGGACUCGCUCUCAGUAAACACCCAGUAGCCAAAGGUUUGUCUCUGAAGAGGGAUAUUCCUGUCGAAGUCUGUCCCAUCUCCAACCAGGUUCUGCUGCUGGUAGCUGACUUGAGGAGUCACCCUGCAGCUGACCUCAUGGCUGAGGGGCACCCCAUUGUGAUCAGCCCCGAUGAUCCCCCCGUCUUUGGGGCAAAGGGAGUCUCUUACGACUUCUACGAGGUGUUCAUGGCCAUCGGAGGGAUGAACGCUGACCUGAGGACCCUGAAACAGCUUGCACUCAACUCCAUAAAAUACAGUGCCAUGCUACCGGAUGAGAAAGCCAAGGCCAAAGAGAUCUGGCAGAAAAAAUGGGACCAAUUUGUGGCUGACCUCUCUGAUAGCUUUCCAAGGGAGCUGUAGGGAGGCCAAGGCUCAUCUCAGAAGGCAUUUGGCAAGCCAGAGCGAGCCAGACUGAUUGCUGAGAGGGAGACUGCUUCUUCCAUGUGACCUGAGCAGAUGAAUGCACCUCAAAGUCUCACCUGGCAGUGGGCGACUCUGCUAAGCCAGGCUUAAUGGGCUUAAAGCUAAGAAGGAGCUGCACUACCCUGUGAAACUCAUGGACUGGAGAUAAAAGGGAGCAGCGAGCCUUUAGAGCAAGCACAAGAAAUCACCCUGCCCGAAAGAGUCAAAGCUAUUCAAAACUGCCAAUGACCAAAUCCCGACAGCCUUAUUCAGGGAAAACGCGCUUUCCAAUUCCAGUCAGCAGGAGAUCGCCAGCACGAGGAUCUCUGAAUUUGGGCCCGUCAUUACAAAAUGCAGACCUUGUCCGGAAACAGCUAAGACAAACAUCCAACCCUUUGGGCCACUGACCUUCAAGAGAGCAAGGACUGAAAAUGGCUCUUGUUAUGUUUAACCCUGGGCCUGCUGCCAAAAUAGCACCGCUAGGUCGAAGAUGCAGUCAUAGGGCUGAUGUCUGCUAUUUCAGGACCUACCAUGGCUGGAAACAAGCUGGUGGAACUUGCUCCCAAGAACUUUAAAGCCUGGUUGCACAGUGAUCAUAAAGCCAGAAGAGAGGUGCCUCAGUUGCCAGCAGCUUUUUUACUACAAAGUCUUUUCCUGUCCUCUGGUCAAAAGGAAGACAAAACACAUUUCGGGUUAAGUCAAAAACAUCCUGGUUUCCCAGACCCAGCUGGAUUAAAACUAUCCCCCUGCACAAGGCCGUGUUAACACAGACAUUUGUAGGAAAUACCUUUUGGUUUCAGGGAGUUCCACUGCCAGCCUUUGUUGCUGAACUCAUCGUGCAAGUGUGGCUUAAUUCAGCCUGUCAGAGAGAUUUUCACCUUGGUAGAGAACAGCUGUGGAUAUCCACAGGGCCCAUUUGGACCUCUGUGGUUUCCAGCUCCUUGGCAAAAAAAAAAAAAACCAACAACAACAACAAAAAAAACCCCAACAAAACAAACCUACACAAGAAACAGUGUAAUCAGAUAAACUGAUUCCCUGCCUUAACAUCAUCAAAAAUAUCAGGAGGAGAACUAGUUGCAGGAGACAAAAAAAAAAUCUUAAUCAGGUUGCUAAAUAAAUUCAGAAGAAUCCUUGAGCACACAUAUGCCAAGCGUACAGCCAAAGAGCCUCUCUACCUGACUUCAGUAAAUCCUGCUGGUUUGCAUCAGUCGAGGGAGAACUGACAAAAGUUCCUACUGAAAGACAUCUCCCUCCUCUAAUCACACACUUGCAGAGGCUGUUGUUUCCUAAUCUGACCAGCCUGGGCCAACUGGCUCUCUUUAUGCUUUCUGUUAAUUGUCUCAAGCUGCCUGGCCAUAGUGUUUAUUUCCACUGACCUUGGUUGGAGGCAAACACUCUUAUUGCAGAAGUGGAUCAAGCUGCGCAGCCCGUGUGCCCUGUGUUAGACUGCCCACGGUUCCCAGGCUGCAAACUUCAGCUCUGGUUAUCCCAGAGAAAAUAAAAACCAAACCCCGUCGGAGAACACAAACAAACCCACGACAAGCCGCAGGUGUGCGCAUUGCAGGAGGCAGUAACACAAACCACAGGAGCGAGGAGCCGGUCACACACACCCCCGGCUGACUGGGGGGGGUUGAAGUGCCUCACACCCCCAGCCCUUUCCAGCCACAGCUACCUCUGCUCCAUCUCUCUCUGCUCACACCCCCAUCAUCUUCCUCUGAAGCAUCCCGAUGCUUUUUAUGCACGCUGACCUCUCCUGGUCGCAGGUUUGGUCCUGGGAGGGGUUUUGUGCUGGAGGAGUAGCCGGGACAGAGCCUCCCUCCCUCCCUCCUGCCCCGUGGGUGUUGCGUACAGAGCUCAGACUAAAGUCCCCAGGCCCGGCUUUGGCCAUGGCCAGGUUAUAAAUGCUGACUUGGGAAGUGCCUUACUUGCAAUGCUGCCGAGGAGAACCGCUGCAAAAGAGCAGAAUGGCUGCUAAGCACGCACCCAAAGCCCCGUCCCUCGCAGCAACCUGAUCCUCCAGCUUUGCUAUAUGUGGACGGAUGAGGAUCUUUAUUUGCCGUGAGUCGGUUCUCCCUUAAAUAAGCCUCUUUGCUGCCAAGGUGAAGCUAAUCGUUACAGAGCCUUUGUGGGAGGAGCUGAGCUCCUCAACACACAGGUUGACCCGUGGCCCUUCCUUUCCUACCCCGGCAGAAACCCUUCAGCUCCUCCUGCGUGCCAUCUCUCGAGGUCCUGAGCCACUUUUUGGUCACCUGCAGUCCUCCUUUCUCCCGCUACCUGCAGUACUUGCAGGGACAGAUCCCCCAUUUGCCAAAUGCUUGCUGGAACCAGUUUACCUGCAGUGUCCAGGCUGUUCUUGUCCUUUCCUAGGACGAGCCUGUAGUGGACGUGGCCGUUCACCUUCUUCACAACUGCGCUGCGGUGGGGCCAAGUGCCUGGAGCCACCAGCGUGUGCAGGGUCACAGCAGAAUCAGGGGGGUGUAAGAUGGCACAGGACUGAUGCAGCCCCCAAAAAGCGUGACAGAGGGAGGGCCAGCCUGCCUCGCUGCUGCUGGGGGUCUGCUCUUCCCUGCCUUGGCUGGGAGAAAGGUGCAAACUGAGAAGCCCAGGCUGCAUCCCCGCCUCUCCAGCUCCAGGUGUGCAAGAAAAGGAGGAAUUUAGGCUGGACCACAGCAGUUACAAAAGAUCAGUCCGUUCAGCUCCAAAGCUUUGGGUAAAUUUGGCUGCAGGGCUUCACUAAGACUCUGCUUUUAGCAGCAAUAUUCCAACGGUUUUGCUGCCAGUCUAUUCCCUUUUCCCCCAGAACCUUGGCUCCCUGCUCCCAUUUGUUGGCAAAUACAUCACAUAUAAUGCUCUCUCGCUCGUCUCUUUCAGAACAUAGGCUAUAAUUAAAUUUUUAAACCUGU